AUCCUCUUCCUGGUACCGCCCCUCUAAGCUGACUCUGUGCUGUUGUAAACACAGCUCCUCCGUCUACCGGCUCGCCUGGUCCCCUCCGCCUCCUCUCCUGUCUUCGGACUCCUCUCUGCUCCUCAGACUCCACCACAAUGGGAGAAAACGACGACGGAGACGUCAUCGAGCACCACGUGGAGGAGGAGAUGGAGAAAAGGGACGCGAGGAGCCACGCAGCCUCCUCCUUCCCGGAGAACGUCACUCCGUCCGACCGGGACCAGGAGGGCCACAGCGGGACCCAGUCCUCCCACAGACUGCUGGCCUACAGCGACGCCCUCAUCUCCAUCAUCGCCACCGUCAUGGUGAGACAGACGGGCACGGGCUGAGGGAGAGCGGGGAGGGGGCAAAGACCAAAUGUGGGUGGUGGAUACGUAUGAAAACAGAUAAUUUCUCAUCAGCGAUAAAGAAAAAAAUGAAUACCUGUGCCUAGUGAACCCAGAACAGUUUUUUAUUUAUUUAUUUUUUUUUUUUUUUGGGGGGGGGGGUGAUAUUUUCACUCUUCUGUGCAGAAUUACCUCUAACAUUAAAAGCCUGUUUUAAACUGCAGGAACUCCCCCAAAGUACCAGGAACCUCGGAGUGAGAUAUCUUUAACACUGUUGUGAUAAGACCCAUUUCUAUUUGAUUUACUCCUGGAAAACACCAAGGAAGCAGUUCUUUCAAGUUGAAGGACACUUAAUAACAGAAAUGCCUCCACAGAAGCUUAGCAGGAUCAGCAUCUCCAGAAACUCCUGAUUUAUCUCCAACAUGUGUUCAUUUCAAGCUUUAACACCUGAUAAGAUGGCACAGCCUGAGAUCUGAAUGGUCACAUUAAAAUAAAAAAACUAUCAGUUACAGUUUAAAAAAUCACUUCUAGCUGUUUCUAGCUGUAGGCGAGUUUAUUUCAGACUUCUAAAUUCAGGACCAGCAGAGGAGGGCAGCCUGGGUGAAGGAAGAUUGGUUGGGUAAGAAUUGGGGGGGGGGGGGGGGCAGGGGUAGAGUGCUGAGUAUCUGAGUACCUGAGAUCUCCUAAUGCUCUCUCCAUCCACAGAUCUUACCUGUGGCACACACGAAGAUGGAGGAUACUGAGGUAAUGUUUGACAGUGACAAUGUUUGUGUAACUGCAACAGUCAGACUCUGCAAUAAACUUCAGACACCAGCACUGUACAACAGGUGACGUGUGUGUGUGUGUGUGUGUUUCAGGAGUUAAGGCAGAGUUUGCAGCUUCUGCUAACGACAAAGAUCGCUGUUUAUUUGAUGACCUUUCUGAUUGUGACUGUCGCAUGGGCCGCUCAUAUCAGGUAUUUUAAAAAAAUCAAUUGUUUAUAUUAUUUGUUUUUUAUUCCAAUUAUUUUAAUAGUUUUUAUUAUUUAUUAAUUUAUUUUCAUUACUAUUAUUAUCGUCAUUAUUACUGUUAUUCCUUUUUUUAGUUAUUAUCAACAUUAUCAUUUUUAUUAUCAUUAUUGUUAUUCUAAUUACUGUUAUUGUUAUCAUCAUCAUUAUUAUUAUAGAGAGAUUUCAUGUGUCUCUCUCUGUGUUUGUGUUGAAAAUCACAGAUUAUUCCAGGUGAUUGUUCGUAUUGAUGACUGCCUCGCUCUGCUGAACCUUGUGAGUUAACAGUCUCCUUUUCCUUCCUUGUCUCCUUCCCCUUCUCCUCAGAUCUUCCUUUUUUCCUCCCUUUUGUAAUUCUAUUUUUUCCUCCAUCUGUUGUUUCCUGUCCUUUCCUCUAGUCCUCCUCUUUGUUCCUUCUGUCUUCCUUAAUUUUGUGUAUACUCCUGCAUUUUUUUCCACCUUCUUCUUCUCCUUCCUCACCAUUCUUCAUCAUUAUUGUUACACGUGUUUCUCAGAGUAGUAUUGAAUCAUUCAUCUUGAUUAAAUGGUAAUUUAAUGAAUGUGUGCUCCUAAAGUAAAGUGGUCCUCUGUCAUGUUUGUGUAUUUCAGGCCUGUAUGAUGCUGAUCACCUUCCUGCCAUACACAGUGAGUAUAAAGCUCCACAGUAAAUUCACGAAUGAACCUGUUUGUGCUUCAUUUAAAUGAAACUCACCCUUACCGAUGCUGUUUUUCCUUUUCUCUUCUACCCUCUCAGUUUUCUCUGAUGGCGACUUUCCCUGAGAACGUUCUAGGGAUUUUGCUUUUCUGUGGCUGUGUGAUGGUGAUUGGUGUCAUCCAGGUAAGCCAUUUUAAGACACUGAAUUACAUUUAAUGCUAUCGUCAUAUCCUAUACAGUUAAAUUUUUCUGUGCACCACUUUAUUCCGAGAACAUGGACUUUACAAUGACUUCACCUCGCUGUUUUUGGUGUAACCCUUACCUGUAGUCCUGAUCCUGUCUGUCCUUCAUGUCUCCUCAGUGUCUCAUCGUGCUGUAUGCCUUCAGCCGUCCCUUCCUGCUGAACGAGCAGAUCCAGAUCUCAGAGAACCAGACCUUCUACAAAGAACACAUCCUCAAAGUCAUCAUGAGGGUACCUCUCAUGUGCCUCUUUGCCAGCAUAGUCUCUUUCAUCUUCUUCCAGCUGGUACGGGACAUCUUCCUUUCUCCUUCAGGACUGGAGCUUUAAAGCAUCUAAAUGUAAAAUGAUAAAUAUUUGAGACCUUUUGAUGAAAAGAGUAAAUUUAAGUGUCAUCGGUUGUUUCAGUCUUACGUCCUGUUGGCAAUUGUCAUCUUCCUCCCGUACAUCUCUCAGGCUCUGAAAUGGUGUCGAAACAAAGCCAUGGGUGAGCCACAGAUUUCUUCCUUUACUCUGAGUGUGGACUCGUCUUCUUCUUAAACCAAGAAGUAAAAAUUUGUCCCCUCCAGGUCAGGUGGAGGAGACCCCGGACUCCAUGAUGUUUUACACCUACCUGCCCAAUGAGCCGCUAAGUAAAGAGCGUGUGGAGGCGUUCAGUGAUGGAGUUUACGCCAUCGUAGCCACGCUGCUUAUCCUGGACAUCUGGUCAGUGAGACCCUAGUUUGGUGAUUAAAACAGAACAAGGGUGGGUCUGAAUAAACUCUGACUUAAUUACUGAACAUACCAUGUUAUUGAGCUACAUGUUGUAAUGUAAUCAUGUAUUAUCAUUUAGGUCUCAGAGUUGAUGAUUUCAUCGUUACAGGCAGAAGUAUCUACAAAGACAUAAAUAAAAGGGUUUAAUAACAGGAGAAGAAAUAAUGGAUCAGUCUAAGCAGAGUGCUACGAUGACCCUGAAGGUCCACAGCUACACAGGUUUUUAGUUCGGGUCAGGCUUUCAGGGUCAAAUUUGACACUAAUUGAUUAAAUCCACGUUAGCUGAGAAAGACUGUCAGAGACCUUCAUCAGUUAGUGCUAAAACACUUCACAGGGGCGUCAUCCUGUGUUACUAAAAACUGACUCACCUCAUUUUCUCCUCAGUGAGGAUAAUGUCCCCGACCCCACCGUGGUGCAGAAGCAGUUUGGCGGAAGUCUGGUCAUGGCCCUGCAGGCUUAUGGUCCGGAGUUCCUGGCGUACUUCGGCUCCUUCGCCACUGUUGGCCUCCUGUGGUUCGUGCAUCACUCGCUCUUCCUCCACGUCACCAAGGCGACGCGCUUCAUGGGUCUGCUGAACACCUUCUCUUUGGCAUUUGUUGGAGGUUUACCGUUGGCUUACCAGCUCACUCACGAGUUCCCAAACAACUCCAGGAACGAGCUAGAGGCAAUCCAGAUCAGCUGUGUGAUCAUCUUCUUCGCAGGAAUCUUCCAGCUGGCCAUCUGGGUGGUGGCUCUGUUCCAGGAACAGGAAACUCUGCACCCAUAUGUAAGAUAUGGAGGCCACGAGCAUGUUUUCAUGUUAGCUAAGCUAGCACUGUACCCCUGCGUGGCCCUUGGGACGUUCUUCCUCACUUGUAUUCUAAGUAAAUUCAGCGCUCCCAUCUUCCACCUGAUGGAGAUCACCGUGCCUUUCGCCUUCAUUGUGCUCAGGCUGAUGGUGAGGAUGGGGUUAGUGUUACUACGGCUGGUGUUCUGUCCUGACAGGCCAGAUCAGAGGUCCAUCAUCGUGGAGGAAGACGAGACCAGAGUGCCAUUCAACGCUUUAGGGACUUAGCUCCCCGAAAAAGAGGGUUACUGAGAGAGAUGAUAGUCAGAGCAGGAAGGAUGUCAGACUCUUACAGAGUCACUGUGAAGGUCAGUGAGGAACCAGGACGAAUCAAAGCUAGUUUUUCUUUUUGAACCUAUUCAGAUUCUGAAGAGGGAUCAGAGGAAACAGGAUCUAAAGAGACCUACUAGUCUGAAGAAAGAGUCAGGAGUUGAAAGGUCUGAAAGUUCAAACAAUGAAAAGAUGAACCAAGGAGGACAGAUUUCUGUCUUUAGACCGUCUAAACUUCAACUAGUUUCUGUAAAAUAAGCUUUUCUCACACCUCUCAUGUUCAGCACUUUAAAUCAGUUUGUCUGUGAACUCUCUGAAUGCACUAUUCCUGAAUAUUUCUAUUCUUGUUGGAGGUUGACUGGAAGAUAAUUGGGCCUUGUCAGAAAGCUGUACUGUUAAAAAUGCAGGAGGAAAAAAAAAAAAAAACAUUUAGGCUUUUAUCUGAAAAAAGAGGCAAACACCCGUGACUUUUACAGAGUCACAUGUAAAAUGUCAUCCUAUGGACCUCAUAACCACAGAUAAAUAAAUAAAUGUGCUGCAUUCAUAUUGAAAAAGCGUGUUUGCUAAUGACUAGAUGAAGCUGUUGAUCAUUGAAUAUCACAGAUGUGCAGCUGAAACAGUCCACUCUGAAUUAUCCAAUGACCUAAUACUGCCAACUUCAUGUUGCUGAAGCUUCUUCAGCUGCAGCUGUGUCACACACUAACCCAUCCUCCUGUCACAGUCUGCAGACAGAUGCUGAGCUGCUGCCAGGUGAAACAGCACCUCACAAAACCGCUCCUUAGAUUUGACUUUAGAGUCUGUACUCCAAAAAUUUUAAUGAGCAAACAAAAUGAAAAUAUUAUCCUAGUGAGACUUUAGGGGCUGGUCCUUGUUAGUGAAGAAAUCAGUUUUUUAUUUUUUUUAUUUUUAUUUAUUUAUUUUUUUAUAAAGGUUAGUAAUGUGAUGUUCCCAGUUUGUCCAGAAGGGGCCACUGUUGUGUGUGUAUGAGGGUCUGAAGUCAAUUUCAUCCUGUUCCUAGAUCAGCAUCAACAUCAUUUUAUUUUUUUAAAGACAGACUUGAAGAAGAGAAGCUACAAAAGCGAAUUGCAUGAAAAACAGAAAAAUCACAGAAAAACAGGGGAAAAACUAUUCUGAAAAACAAAGAAAAAAAAACCUUUAAAAAUCAGAAAAAAUUUGUCUGAAGAACAGAAUAGAAAAAAAAAUACAAAUAGGGUUUUAUUAUUUUAUUUUAUUUUUUUUGAGGGGCAGUGCAAUAUGCUUCCGUAAGAAGCUAACAGAUGAUGGAGGAUCAGAUGAAUUAAAACGGUUUUAAGACAGUUGAAGUUUAAAAGGAGAAGAUACCUCAGCUGGCUCUGAAUGUUUGGAUAAGAAAAGCCGUUCCUUCUCCUUUAUGAUUUAUUUCUGUUUCAGAUUUUUGUUUUAAAGUCACUUUCUAGAUUCCAGCUACACUUAAAACAAAGUUUGAUUUUUGAAUUAGGUGUCCAUUUUCUGUGAUCUGUGAGCUCAGAGCAGAUUAUUUCACUUUUUUUCAGAGUGGAAAUCAGUUUUUGUUUGUUUCCUGCCAAUAAAUAUAAACGGCUGUGUUUAUAUAUUUUCAGAUAGUUUUCAAGAGAAGAUCUAAAAACAGCCAACAGCAGCAUGAUCUUUGCUCUGGUUUUAAACUCACAGCAGAAUGACCUUCAGAAAUCACAGCAUAUAUUUAAUGCUUAGCAGUCUGCCUAUCUGUCCGUCUGUCUGGGAAUCCUACAUAUUUUUCAUAUUGUCUGAUGAAUUUUCUGUUUAAAUGUGCAAACUGUCGAACUUUGUUUUGUGAAUAAAUAUUAAAACCAAAUGUGAAAUUCAAGGA